AAGCUAACAAAGCUUGGGCUUGAAGAGAAGAACAACAACCUCUUCAAUCUAUUAUGAGCUUUGAGAACUUCAAGAAAGUUAAUUAAUAUUUUAUUAUUAUACUAAUCAAGAUUAAUUACUAGUUAAAAGAAGCUUAAAGGAGUUAAAUAUGGUGUAGAUUAACAGUAGGAGCAGUUGCAGUAGUUACUCUCUUUUUCUCUUUUUAUAUACUUGUUUUGCAGUAGUUAUUCUGUCCUUCAAAGUCUUAUAUGUCACCAGUUAGCCUGGGCAGAAUAGACUUGAUCCUAGGGGUUUUGAAACAAGGGUUAUGUAGCUGGUGAUGCUGUGUAGAUUUUAUGCCUGGUACAUUGGAUUUCCCCUUUUUCUUUGUGUCCAUGGGAUGCUGCUGAGUGCAAGAGGCUUCUUUCUUUUGCUUUAACCUCAUCUCUUAGUACUAUAAAGCUGCAGACUUUGUUUUGUUCCUUGUCUAGUUCUGCAAGAUAUCACCAGUCAAACCAAUUUAACUUUACCUAUAUGUAUAAAUAUAUUCUUCUGUAAAAUACUCCACCAUUAGGCUCCUGGUUUAGCUUACCUAGUGAAUUAAGGUUCUUUUUUGAGGUGUUGAGCUUUAUAGUGUAGAUUGUGGGGUUUUGUAUUUGAUUUAAGAUCAUGGGGACUGAGGAUCAUGGUGAUAUGAGGUUCCACCAUAGAGAUGGUGAUGGCUUGUUGAAUGUUAGUUCAUCAGUGAUGAGCACAAAUCCAUUAUCUGAUAAGGUUGCAGGAAAGGCAAUGGGGUCAGCUUCAAUGUUUAAAGCUAUAAAUGGGCCAGACCCUUUCGGUUCGGGUUGGGAUCCACUGGUUUCUUUAAAUCAAAGUGAGAAUUUUGGGGGUCAUAGUAGCUACUCGAGUCGAGGUUAUUCAGUGGAUAAUCAAGCAAUCGGCAGCUCUUCCCACCUUGUUCAUUAUCAAUCUGAUUCAGGUCUUGGUGAAAUGGUGCCAAAGUUGUCGGGUUUUGGAAGUGGAAGUUUUUCAGAAAUGGUCAAUUCUUAUGGCAUUCCUGACUGUGGGCAGAUGAGUUACUCCCUCAACAAAGGAGGGAUGGAAAAGGCUUUGCUCACUGGUACACAUUCUCGAAAGGAUUGUCAAAUUCCUGAUGAUAAAACAUCACCUGAUCGGAAGAAUAAAAGGAAAGCAGCAGAUACAGAUUCACUGCUUCAUGCUAACAAGAAUGACUCAGAGCAACAAGAUCCUUCAGCAAUUAGCUUAGAAGAGGAUGGUAGGAAACAGAAAACUGAACAAAACAUUACUUCAAAUUCAAGGGGUAAGCAAAGUGGUAAACAAGCUAAAGAAAAUUCUGACAGCGGAGACGCUGCUAAAGAUAGUUACAUCCAUGUGAGAGCCAAAAGAGGCCAGGCUACGAACAGUCACAGCUUGGCGGAAAGGGUGAGAAGAGAGAGGAUUAGCGAGCGUAUGAGAUUGCUACAAGAACUUGUACCAGGAUGCAAUAAGAUUACUGGCAAGGCUGUAAUGCUUGAUGAGAUUAUUAACUAUGUGCAAUCGCUGCAGCAGCAAGUUGAGUUUCUGUCGAUGAAACUUGCAACUGUGAACCCCGAGGUGAAUAUCGAUAUAGAACGAAUUCUUUCAAAAGAUCUUCUCAAUUCAAGAAGUAGCAGUGCAGCUAUUCUUGGAUAUCAAGGAUUAAGGCCAACUCAUCCUUUUCCACUGGGGAACAUACCAGGCAUCCCAAAUACGACCCCAUCAUACCACUCUAUGCCUCAGGCUGUAUGGGACAAUGAGCUGCAUAAUCUUCUUCAAAUGGGAUUUGAUGCUAACAAUAAUCUUGGGCCAACUGGACGUCCGAAGCUGGAUUUAUAAGAACUACCAAAGAGAAGAGAAUUAUAAAUUUCCAUAACAAAGAAGUUAAUUUCAGAAAUUGAUUGCAGAUACGAUCCUAUUAUCCUAGCAACAAAAAGAAAAUGGUUCAAAGAUUCUUCCAAGUUGUAUAGGUUCUCAGUGUCCCAACUGUUUGUUCUUCGAAUUUUAGCAGAAGAAGAUGACUUAUUUACAAAUUUUUUGUAUAUUUAGACAGAACUUUGAGUCUAAGAUGGUUGUUUCUUCUGUGGCGUAGAGUAAAGAGUGUGUGUGUGAAGAUUUAAUUAAGAGCUUUCCUAGACAAAGUUUGAAUAGAAAAUAUGUUAUUGGUUGGUGUGGAAA